UUUGUUUGUUUGUAUGUGUAAAAAAGGUGAUUGAUAAAAAUGGCGAAUUUGAAGGCGGAUUCUCCUCUUUGUCGUCGCAUCGUCCUUUCUUUUCUUGAUUUUCUUAAUUCUGUUGAACCUAGUUCUGUUAGUGAUGUCGAAAGUCUCGAGGUUGCAAGAGACUGUUUAUCAGAGGCUUUUAAGAUCGGUUCAUCGUCUACUUCGAGUGUGCCGAAAUCUGAUUCUCUGGUUGAGCUUUUCAGCUCACAGAAAGGAAAGAAUAGUGAGAUAAAUUCAGAUCGGAUCCAUGGCGAAUCUCGACCUGAUACGCCCCGUGCAUUAUCUUGUACUGAUAAUGUAGCUGAUGAUAGAACUCUCGCAGAUACUCCAACCACAGGGGUACCUGAGGAUGAACUAUUUGGUCAAUUUUUCGGGGCCCUUGAAAAGACUCAUUAUUUUGGGACUACAGCCAAUGGAGAUGAUGAGCAGGCGCUGGAUAGAGCUACAGACUUGUUUCACAAAGCAUUGACGGAAAUGAAAAAAUCCGGAGGCGAGGAAUUUGAUCUUAAAACAUUGGCUGAUAACUUUAAAUUACAAGGUAACAAGGCUAUGCAAUCAAAGUUGUACACUGAGGCAAUUGAGCUUUACACUGUUGCUAUAGCAAUUUCUAACGAUAAUGCUGUUUACUAUUGCAACAGGGCAGCUGCUUACACCCAGAUCACUCAGUACACAGAAGCAAUCCAGGAUUGUCGUAAAGCAAUUGCAAUCGACCCAAACUACAGCAAGGCUUAUAGUCGUCUAGGGUUUAUUUACAAUGCUCAAGGGAAAUACUUAGACGCCGUCGAUAAAGGAUAUAUGAAAGCCUUGGAAUUGGAUCCAAAUAAUGAAUCUAUAAAGCGAAAUAUUGCGGUGGCUGGGCAGAAACUCCUAGAAGGGCACGGCCAGAGUUCAGGCUCAUGGAUGGAAACAAGUGAGGGUGCAUGGAGUCCGAUUCACCCUUACAGUCUGUUUAGGAACACUCUGCCAGAUCCUUUUGAUUUGCCAGGCAUUAUGGGGGACAUGCGUCGAGGAAGGCCGGGUAACUCUGCAAGUGAACAAGAGAUAGGCAUUAUGGGGGGCAUGCGUCGAGGAUGGCCGGGUAACAACCCUGCAGGUGAACCAGAGAUAGGCAUUAUGGGGGACAUGCGUCGGGGAAGGCCGGGUAACAACCCUGCAGGUGAACCAGAGAUAAGAUCUGGAGGUCCUAUGCCAGGUGAGCCUCAUGGGGUUCUAAGAUCUGCAUAUCAGAUGUUCAGUGAACGUGGAGCACCACAUGAUAACUCCAGUGGAAACUAGAUGCCUGGCUUUCUAUCUGAACUUAGGCUCACUGUUCUAAAUUUGUUAAUUUAUUAGUAGGUUUUUGCUAAAUUUUGGUAAAUGUUGCAUAUGGGUUGUAUAUUGGAAGUUGUCACUUAUGUGUGGUCUCUAACCUCUGCUUACAAUAUGAAUGUUUUACAUUAACAGAAAGUUAAAAGGGCCACAAUACAUCUUGAAGUAGUUUAAUAUCA